AUGAGCCACUUUGCUAUCAUAGGCAAGAAGAACCAAGGCAACUACUACUACCGUACCAGGACUGACAUGUCCAAUCAUGAUGAUGACAAGCCAAAUUUAACAACUGCGCAAUUGCCAACACUUGCAGAAAUCCGACAACAUGAUGCUAGAGCAAAACAAUCUUGUAUGGAGUUAAUGGAAGACAUUGUGCUUUCGUCAAUGUUGACACAGAAGUCCACAGCUAAUGCUGAUGACAACAUCCGCUCUGCCCAAACUGCUACGGGCUCUGUUAUUGAACUUCCCCACAUUCAAAACAAAAGAACCAACAACAGCCAAGUGGCUGCCGAAGAAGGUGUGUUUGCUCCAAGUCUGUUCGAGCAGCUGGUCGAGCUACCAGAACCUAUCCCAACAAGGACCCCACAACAAAGAAGUACCCCUGGGGCAUUUCACAUGGAUGGUAUCCCAACCGAUCAUCAGAACGCCACAAGCAAUGAAGUCCCUACACAGAACCAGCAGAGGCAGGAUGGCGGCAUUCCCAGCAAUCUUCCUGUUGCCAGUGGCGUCGAUGUGCAGGUCUCAGAUUCAUUGCCCCGUGCGGAACUGUUUUUCCAGAGAAGUAAACAAUACUGGCGACAACAAUUGUGUCUUGGGUUUUCAAUGGAGCUCACUGUGGUUCUGCUAGGAAUUUCUAUAUUUCUUGUGGUUUUCCUCAUCACUAAAGAUGGAGAAGUUAGUACCACCAGUGAAUCAAGGCAAAGCAAUAAAAAUUAUGGAGCUAUCCAUAUUCCUGCUGCAGCUCCAGGUUCAACCCAAGCACCAACUCCAUUUUUGGACGCACUCAAUCUACCUGACUAUACAGUGGAUGCCAUCCAGGAACACCCAAGGUCCCCUCAGUCCAAGGCCUAUCAUUGGCUAGUCAGCAACACAACUCAUCUUGCACAAGUUCCAAAAUGGAGAACGACCCAAAGAUUUGCUUUGGCUACGUUCUUCUUCUCCACUAGGGGAGACUUUUGGGUGAAUCAUCAUGGCUGGCUAGACUGGGAAGUUCAUGAGUGCAACUGGGAACAACAAGCUCUUGGUCCGAUAAUGUAUUCUCCCGACUACAUGCCAUGUGAUGAUUCUGGGAAUAUAAAAGGUUUGUCCUUUAUUGGAAACAAGCUAGAUGGAACGAUUCCACCAGAGCUAUCCCUUUUGAGUGCAGAUUUGGAGCUUCUGGCAUUGCCACGGAACAUGGAACUGAAAGGGUGGAUCCCAACGGAAAUUGGAUUACUAACAAAGCUGACAGAGUUGCGAACCUUCAAUACAAAACUUUCAGGAACAGUUCCUACAGAGCUGGGUCUCCUGUCAGAUUUGAGGUUUCUUGAGCUUGGGGGGGCUGGAAUAAGUGGCACGGUUCCCAAGGAACUGGGCAAUUUGGGUUGCCUAACACAUGUAGUCUUGGUCAUGACCCAGCUGACAGGCACAGUCCCUGCAGAACUAUUCAAACUAGCAAACUUGAUCAAUUUUGGAAUAAGUGAUUGCCCUGGACUAGCCUCAGAGAAACUUCUGCCCAAAGUUGUUGAAAGCAUGCCCCAACUUGAGUUGCUCAUGCUAACCAACUCGGCUGAUGAUGUCAAUGCCCGAAUACCCACUGAAAUUUCAAGGUUGUCCAAUCUUGCAAUCCUGUACCUUGAAGAUUGGAACCUUAGAGGGCUGAUUCCAAGCCAACUUGGGCAAUUGACACAGCUGACAGCUCUAUCCCUAAGGGAGAAUUCUCUUUCAGGACACCUUCUACCAGCAUUAUCAAAGCUAAGCAGUAAGUCUUCAAGUCAGGGAUGUUUUGGCCAAACCAUUAGCUUAGUUCACCAUACAUGUACUCUUUUCAUCCAGAGUUGA